GGUGAACAAGUAGGAAGAGAUCUGUUUAUCGAUGGACUUCGCAGUCGAACGAUGAGGGCGAAACUGCAAAGACAGUUCUCCCCCAUCAAUCACACGCUGCAACAGAUCAUGGCAGCUGCAGAGGAAAUGGAACGGAAGUUCGCCGCAAGUUUCCUAGAAGGGGAAGACUAUCCUAGGGAACUGACGUGGACGCGGGACGACGAGCAUCGCGCCUGGAUUGAAUACGUGGAGCUGCUGAUCGUCCAAGCCUGGAGGACGGAGGUGGAGGGGGACCUCCUCGGAUUUCUGUCCGGAUCGGUGCGGCCCGGCCAUCGGCAGCUGAUUGUGCGGGAACUCACAAUCCCCCUCGCGCAGCUGGUCGAUGAUCUUUCCCCCGACAUCAUCUCGCAGUGUGACAAAAGUCCGGUCCCGCACGUCCUUUCGCGAACACUGACGCCCUAUCUACAGUGGUCGGCUUGUCUGGAAGAGCAGGGAGGGAACAACAACCCGCCCUCGCAAGCCGAAUACCUGAACCCACGAAGGAUAAUCGACAUUUCCUACUCCCAGCCUCACACGACCUCCGAAGACGAGGUACUAGCAGAGGAGGAGGAAGAAGAGGAGGAGGAAGAACAAGAGAACGAAGAGGAGGACGACGAGGAAGAAGAAGAAGAAACUCCAGAAGAAGGGAGUUACAGUGAGCAUAGCGAGGGGGAGCAGAGCGAAGAAGAAGAGGAAGAAGAGGACGAGGAGCAAGAAGAGUCUGAGUGGGAAAAUUUGGGCGAGGAAGCAAGCCGCACAGAAGCCCAGGAGGAAGAUCCAAAGGCGACGACACGACGCAGAGAAGAGAUCACGGUUGGUAAGCAACCGCUAGAGUACGCAAGUGGAACGAAUCUGUCGAUCUCAGACGAUCCGACGAAGGAUCCGGAGCCGCCCAAGCCAGAGGAUGGGGACCUAGUUGCCGAGACUUCGAGCACACCGGCCAGGCAGCGGCGAGAUCGAUCCCCCUCCCCCUCCACCUCCACCCCUCUGACAGUUCGAGCUCGUACCGAUGCGGGCCAUCGGGCUUCGUCCCCAGUCCUUAUCCCGUCGUCCCCUUGACUACCUUACCUUCCGACAGAUCACCACCCGCAUCACUUUCCCCCGCAAUCCCUUUUCGAUUGACACCUUGCGCUU